AUGGUCGGUGAUGAAGCUGCUGAGUUACGUUCUAUGUUGCAAAUGUCAUAUCCGAUGGAAAAUGGGAUUAUAAAGAUAUGGGAGGAUAUGAAACAUUUAUGGGAUUAUACUUUUUACGAGAAAUUGAAAGUGGAUCCAAAAGAAUGUAAGAUUCUGUUAACAGAACCUCCGAUGAAUCCAUUAGAUAAUCGGCGUGAAAUGGUAAAAACGAUGUUUGAAAAUUACGGAUUUCAAGGUGUCCAUGUUGAAAUUCAAGCUGUAUUAACUCUUUAUGCUCAAGGACUUAUGAGCGGUGUUGUGAUUGAUUCUGGUGAUGGAGUGACUCAUAUAGUUCCAAUUUUUGAUGGUUAUGCUCUUCCACAUCAAGUUCGUAGAUUAGAUGUAGCAGGAAGAGAUGUAACAAAAUAUCUAAUAAAAUUGCUUUUAUUGAGAGGUUACGCUUUCAAUAGAACUGCCGAUUUUGAAACAGUGAGACAAAUAAAAGAAAAACUUUGUUAUGUAAGAGUGAUUAAAGUUGGGUCUGAAAGGUUCGAAGCACCAGAAUGCAUGUUUCAACCACAUUUAGUAGACGUUGAAAAACCUGGUGUUGCAGAAAUGCUUUUCGAGUCAAUACAAGACUCGCCUGUUGAUGUUAGAUCCGAGUUAUAUAAACAUAUAGUAUUAUCGGGAGGUUCUUCAAUGUAUCCUGGUCUACCAAGUAGACUUGAAAAAGAGCUUAAACAAAUAUAUUUACAAAGAAUAUCAGAUGAUCCACCAAGGCGUAAACAUAUGGUAUUUCUUGGCGGUGCCGUAUUAGCUAACAUUAUGAAAGAUAAAGAAUCUUGGUGGAUUACCAAACAAGAAUGGGAAGAAGAAGUUGCAGUAAGAACUGUUCCACAUGCAAAAUUGCAACAAGUCGCAGGAUUCUCUAAGUCACAACGUUCACCAUUAGCCACACAUGUGGGUGGC